AUGGAGCAUAUUUAUCCUAUUAUGCCGCUAGUAUAUAUGCCAGCCCUCAGAGAGUCUAUAUCCCGACCACUUGAGAUGGACGAAAAGAAUCUUAUUUAUUCUUUGUGUGCCCUUACUUCAACACACAUGUCAGGAAAAAUAAUAGUAGCCCCAGGCCCACAAUCCUGGGAUACUGCCGGGCGUUUCUUUUUGGAUCAAUGUAUUUCAGUGCGACAAUCUUACGAUUUUGUAGAAGAUAAAUCACUUUCGGCAGUCAUAUCAUCUUAUUUCGUCUCAACAGCCUUUUUUGAGCUGAACCAGAACCGAAAAUCAUGGUACUAUCUUCGGGAAGCCUUGACCAUGGGUCAAGAUCUAGGAUUCCAUGAUGAAAGCUCAUAUGUAGAUUUAUCACCCGAAGAAGCACUAUGUCAUCGCCGUACCUUCUGGAUCUUAUAUGUAACAGAAAGGUCCUUCGCUAUACUCCGAAAUAAGCCUCUUACUCUUUCAAAGGCCCCUAAAUUUCCUACCACACUUCAUGAAUACGAAGCGCCAGAAAUUCACUCCGGCUUUAUGCACCUCAUCAAUACUUAUCAUCUUCUCGAUGCUGCCUUUGUAGAUACAUGGAAUGAAUGUACACAAGCACCUACUAGUACUACAACUUAUACUCUUCUUCAGGAACGGCUGAACAUCGCCCAUCCAAUCUCAAUGGCUCUAACAAGUAUACAGAGAGCUGAUAUUCUCGUGACGCAACAAUGGUUACGGCUUAUAGUAUGGCAGUCUUCAAUGCGACAAGGCUUACUCUCUUCAGCUUCUGCCGAUGAGUCUAUGACGUUUCAUUACCCGUUUCGUAUUGCACAUUCACUACUAACAGCAAUUUCCUCACUUCCGUCCACAGCAGUUGAUGUACAUGGCAUGGGUAUAUUUGAAAAGAUAUUUGAGAUUGCUAAUACCACGCUUGAUGUUAUACAAGCAUGUGGCACUGGAUCUGAGAUGGUAAAAUAUGGUAUUUGUCAGGACCCGUUUGGUGUGUUUGUACGGACUCUUUCCUCCACGCCAAAGUCUCAGAAACAAUACGCGAAUUUACUUCUGGAGAAAGUAGCCGAGAAGCCAGAAAUCGCUCGCCUUUCUAGUGGCCUUUGGAGCAGUAAUUUAACGCUACCCUGCUUGGCAGAUGGUCUUCAGGAAAGCCUCACUAUCGUCGAAAAUGAUGAUGCUGCUUCAGGGUCGGCAGGGGUGCAGGUAUGGAAGGGUAGCAUUAUUGGCGAGGUAUGUGAGGAUGUUAAAGUUCAAAUGCCUAAAGAUUAUAGACCCAUCGAUGAUUCAGAGAUUUCAACCUUUGAUCACGCCGAAGGCAGAAAGUCUUCGUGGGAGACCAACAUCAGCCCAAAAGCUCUCGAGGAUUUUGACGAGGAAAUAGGGAAGUUAAAUGUCACGUGA